UGGCGGAAGCGGGGAGGCUGGCUCCGGGGGUGACAACGGUUUAGCGAGUGCAGCAGGCGCGAGCGACCCCGGGCCGUCCGAUCGCCUCUUCCAUUAAAAAAAACACGCGAGGGCGACGCGCGAAGACAAGGAGGAUGGACGCCUCCCUGGAGAAGAUGGUAGACCCCACUUUAGCUGAGAUGGGGAAGAACCUCAAUGAGGCUAUGAAGAUGUUAGAAGACUCUCAGAGGGAAGCAGAUGAAGAAAGAGAGAAGAAGAAAUAUAUCAGAAAAGAUAUUCCUGGCCCAUUGCAGGGCAGUGGACAGAACAUGACAGCUAUUCUUCAACUUGUACAGAACCUCAUGCAUGGAGAAGAUGAGGAGGAAUUACAGUCCCAUCGCAGAUUACAGAACAUUGGAGAGCAAGGUCAUAUGUCCUUAUUGGGUCACAGUUUGGCAGCGUAUAUCUCUGUGCUAGACAAAGAAAGACUGCGAAAACUGACCACUAGGAUUUUGUCGGAUACCACACUUUGGUUGUGCAGACUUUUCAGGUAUGAAAAUGGUUCUGCCUAUUAUCAUGAAGAUGAUCGAGAAGGUCUGUUGAAAGUGUGCAAACUCAUCAUUCAUUCAAACUAUGACGACUAUGCAACAGAAGGUUUUAACGUUCUGCAUAACAAAUCCCCUGUCCUCUAUAUUAGUGCUGCCAGUAGAACAGGUCUGGGUCAGUAUAUCUGUAACCAGCUUGGUCUUCCGAUCUCCUGUAUGUGCAGUGUGCCUUGUAACACCAUGUUUGGAUCUCAGCAUCAAAUGGAUGUAGCCCUCCUGGAAAGGCUUAUUAAAGAUGAUAUUGAAUGUGGAAAACUUCCUCUGUUACUUGUAGCAAACGCAGGCACACCGGGCGCAGGACACACAGACAAACUUGCAAGGUUAAAGGAACUCUGCAGUCAGUUCAAGAUGUGGUUGCAUGUAGAAGGCGUUAAUUUGGCCACAUUGACACUUGGUUAUGUUUCUUCAUCUGUACUGGCUGCAACUAAAUGUGACAGCAUGACCUUGACUUUAGGACCUUGGUUAGGUCUCCCAGCUGUGCCUGCAGUGACACUAUAUAGACAUGAGGACCCUUCAUUGUCUCUAGCUGCGGGACUCACCACAAGUCAGCCAGUUGAGAAACUCCGAGCUUUGCCCCUCUGGCUCUCUCUACAAUACUUGGGACAUGAUGGGAUAGUUGACAGAAUCAAGUAUGCUUCUCAGUUGAGCCAGAGAUUGCUGGAAAACUUAAGAAAACUAAGUUCUAUUAGAACUUCGGAGGUAAUCACCAAACCUAAGGAACUGACAUUCACUGGAAAGUCUGUAGGAAAUAUCUUGGGGAAUAUUCUUUUGGCAAUUGUUGAAGAUGAAUUUAAUUCUCCAGUGUUAGUGUUCAGAUUCAUCCAGGAGCACCUCAAAUCAGCUCUAGAUGGAGCUCAGUACCAAACUGCUGCAGUUCAGGAAUCCACAAAGGACAGCAAUGAGAGAGAAACUGAUGAUGCCCUGAAUCGCUGGUUAGGAGAACAGCUAGGACAGUUGGUUCCGACCAGUGGCGUAGAUGUUGUAGAAUUGGAAGAUGAGGGAGCGUGUAUACGAUUUAGCCCAUUGAUGACAGCAGCAGUCCUGAACACCACGCCAGAGCACGUGGACCAACUGGUUGAAUGCCUGAAAGCAAAAAUUCCCAUUCUAAUUAGCACCUUACAGCUUCGAGAAGAAUUUAAACAGGAAGUUUACCAGACACCUGCCCUGACAUACAUUGAAGACCUGAGUUGGCCAGGAUUAGGUGCUAUACGGUAUGAAAUUAACAAUGAAGAACCUGACCCAGAAAAGCAGCUACUAGCAAUGGAAAAAAUCACUACUAGAUUGCUAAAGAAAUUGAAGGAAUUUGACUCCGAUCUGAUGUUCUCAACAGGGCCUGAGUUUGGAAGUGAGAAGAAUUGCAUUUAUAUCGGUAUGGUAGCUGAAACUUUAGAUGUGCCAGAACUAGUGGAAACCAUUGCAGCCACAGGCAAAGAAAUUGAGGAAAGUUCAAAGUUAUUGGAGAACAUGACUGAAGUAGUCCGUAAAGGAAUUAUUGAAGCAGAGCAACAGUUGCAGAAGGCAAAUGAAGCUAAACUUCUUGAAGAGGGAGUUCUGCGACAGAUUCCUGUCGUUGGCUCAGUGCUUAAUUGGUUAUCCCCAGUCCGCAGCUCAGUUAAAGGAAGAUCAUUCAGUCUGGCAGGAGGUUCUCUGGAGUCAACAGAUAAGCUGUAUGCACUAAAAGCCCAAGCCUCUGAAGGAACCCCACCUCCAACACCCACAGCCAGUCGCACCAAACCCAAGUCACCAGGACAGAAACUGUUUAGAAGGUCUUCCAGGGCUUCAGUCUCAGAUAUGGUCAGUGAAACUUCAGUGGGCCACACAGAAGAAAUGGAAGGAUCUCAAACUAUCACAGGAACAACCAGGCUUGAGGGUGAAAAUGAAAUUCACAAAAGCUCUGAAUCUUCAGUGCAGCUGAAUGGUGAUUUGGAGCAUCCAGGCCCGAUACAGCCUGAGGGAAAAUCUGAUGAAAAUAGGAGCAACGUACAAGAAGUUCACCAGACCUCUGAAUCAGCAGAAGCUCAGGAUUUAGAGAAAGAAGAUCUUAGAUAAAGCAAAAAAAGCGAAAAGACUUUGUAUACAGAAAAAAGCACAUGUCCUAUGCUUGGAAUAACAUGGAACCUUUACUAAUGUGAACUGUGCCAUGUGAUAGUACAUAAGGAUACUACUGUUGUAUGCCUUUGAUUAGGAUUUUGCACAUUACUGUGACAUGAUUAGGAAUUUCAAUUGUCAUUGAAGGGCUGAUUUAAAAAGUUGAUCUAAAUGGAAUGUGUCAAGUGGGCUGAAUCUCAGAAGUGCAAUUGUUCUGUUUUCUGUAGAGUGCUAAGAAAGCUCUAUCAUUUUCUUCCUUAUACGAUUAUCAACCUGACUCACUACAUUUGCAAUACAAUUACGUAUGCUUAUCACCAUGAAUAGAAUGGAUUAAUUUGUAGUUUGUUUAAAAUUAGUAAACCUUUACUAUUGCUGUCAAUAUUUAAUUGGGUGGGGAUCAUUUUAUUUUUGUUCAUUUUGCACAUUGGUGGUUUUGUCCUUUCUGUACCGUCCCCUAUGUACAUCUCUUAAUAAUUUAAGACUCAAACACAUCUGAUGCUUGAAUGUUAUUUAAGCAUCAAGCAAAAUAAAACUUAAUUCAGUGUUUUGAUUCUUAGUUAAGCAAAAUCAAAUAAAAUUUAUUUGACAAAUGUGAA